AUGUUUUCUUACGAUUUAUUUUCGGUUGGUGAUGAUUUAUUGCCUUCAACUCCAAUAAAUGUGCCAAUUGUUGUUUCUGGCGGAGAAAAAGAAGAAAAUGUUGAAGAACCAUUUUUAAAUAGAUCGAAACAAUUAACAACAAUAAAUGAUUUUUUUCGUAUUCGAAUGUUUAAUGGACAUCAUGAUCUUCAAUCUGAAUGUCAAAAUGAAGUUUUAGAAUUUGUUAAGCAAAAUCUCAAAGAUUUAGUUAAAUAUUUAAGUAACAAAUAA